AGCUUCCACAAAAGCUGAGAGAGGACAUUAUUUCAUCACACCUGAAGGCCUUGGGUAUAAGAAGAUUUCCCAAAAAUGUAAUGGACAUUGGCAGCAUUAUAAGGAAGUUACAAGGAAACUUAUGGAACAGCUGCAAACCUGCCUGGCCGUGGAAGAAAGCCCAACAUUUCAUCAAGAGCCCUUAGCAACUUAGUCAGGUUAACUAAGAGAAACCCCUGUGUGACUGCAAGACACCUACAGGAUGACAUGAUGAAGGCUAGUACAAGUGCUUCAAUGGCAACAAUAAGACGUGCACUGAAUAAACAAAGACCUCAUGGCCGGACUCCAAGACACACUCCACUCUUGAGCAACAAAGGCCAGGCUUAUGACCAGAAGAAUACCAUCCCCACGGUCAAACAUGGAGGUUGAACCAGGGGACAACGGGGAGCUGCAUCUUGCCGGUCAUUCCAAAAUCCCAAUCCUGUCAGGCUGAAGGCUCGGCUUGCCCGUUGUAUCCAUCACAAAUAAGACCACUGGAGUUAAUGUGAGAGCAGUUAUACAGAGAUGUCAAUCCCUUCCAGUUAGCGACAACUCUACAAUGAUGGGGAUUUAAAAGAGAGUCUGCAGCUCUCCUCUCAGGGACUGUCUUCUGCAGCCCUUCUCUGGUCACGGGUCUGCCUGGCAUCUCUCAUCCAUAUCAUUCCUCUUUCCAUCCACCCAUCCUUUCCCCUGUCAUGAAAGGCCUGUCCAGUAGUCGGAGUCACCAUCAAGUGGUCUCCUAUGAACCAUCAUAUGAUCCACUGGGUCACCAUGUUGACCGCAAGCCAUAUUUGAUCAGUCAGAAUGACAUUCCUGUGCCCAUUCCCAUGCCACAUCCAGCUGAGCUGUCCUACUACAAUGCUCAACGUACCUCGUACCCCUCUGACAGCAACAGCAUCGUCCCAUACGGAACCUUCCCAAGGAGGUGCCACUCCACCUCCUCAUCUCACCAUCCUGAGGUAAAGGAUGAGUGUAUGGCCAUGGUACCAUAUGUAGGAGGAGGAGGGGGAGGAGGAGGAGGUGGAGGAGGCUAUGGAGGUAAAACGCCCACCCGGGUACCAGCAAACUUUGCGGACCCGUUUGAGCGUCAGCUGUCAUUUUCCAGAGAUGGCUACCAUACACUGCAGUACAAACGAGGAGUUUUGGCCCACAGUGGGGGGAUGGGGGCCAACAACAACAACAAUGACAGCCCAGGGAGAAUUCGCCACCUGGUCCACUCAGUCCAAAAACUCUUCACCAAGUCACAUUCAUUGGAGGGGCCACACCACACACAGUCCUCCAAGGGGGCCAAUAAUGGGAGCGUUAAUGGUGGUGGUGGUGGUGGUGGAGGAGGUGGUGGUGGUGGUUCAAGGGCCAGCCCAGAAGGUGAAACUCCACCAGUGGGAGUGCGCCACCGGAAGCGCAGCAAGAGCCGUGAGCGCUGUCGAUCAGCGGAGCCCAAGCAUCGAAGCCACCACCACCACCACCACCAGCUCCACGGCUCAGCAUCUGCUCCGGGCUCCGGAUAUUGGAGCUCAGAUGACAACCUGGAACGGGAGCUGUGUCUCUACCACCCUCACCACCACCAACCUCCACCCUCACCCUCACCCUCCAUUUCCCCUUCGCCCAUCGCCAUGACAAUGGGCCGCUAUCCCGGCAAUAACCCAGACAAGUUCCCCCAGACUCCCCUCCCCAAUAUCUCCUCCUCACAGUCCCAGCAGUACUUCAUGAUGGACCCUUACGGCACACUCAAUGAGCACACACACACCCAUGCACACCAUGGCCACUCACACCACCAUUCUGCACUCAAAGCCUCCCGGAGCAACAACGAUGUGAAGUAUGCAGCGUCGUCAGCAUGUGUGCCAGUUAGUGGUAGCAGCAAUAACAGCGGUGGCGGUAUCGGUGGAGGAAGUGGCCCCUUGCUGCCACUGGGUCUUGUGGACGGGCCCCUUGUGAAGAAAGGGGCGUGGUCGUCGAGCCUAACGGUGAGCAGGGCCCGAGAGGUCUACACCAACAACAGCAGCCACAACCAGCUACGAGCCAGCGCAGGAUCCGGUAACCUAAACCUAGAUAGAGCUCUAAUCAAAUCUAAGGCCAGUCAGCAGCAGGAGCGUUCUUGCCAUUUCUUACAGGUACCUCAGGACGAGUGGAGCGGUUUCUCUCCCCUUGGGAAGGAGGAUGACAUCCCCUGUCGGAGGAUGAGGAGUGGCAGCUACGUCAAAGCCAUGGCUGAGGACGACAGCGGAGACUCUGAGGGGAGUCCCAAACCCUCCCCCAAGGUCCAGGCACGCCGGGCCAGCUACCUGAAAGCCACACAACCAUCACUGACUGAGAUGACCACUCUACAGAUUUCGACGGAGCACUCCCCCAAACUGCAGAUCAGGAGCCACAGUUACCUGCGUGCGGUGAGUGAGGUUUCAAUCAAUAGAAGCCUGGAUACCCUGGACCCCAAAACCCUCCUCGACCCCAAAUCGCUGCUGUCCUCACCCCAAUACCGCUCACGCAAUGAAAGCUACAUGAGGGCCAUGAGCACCAUCAGUCAGCUGAGUGAGGUCGAGGUGAACGGGCAGAUUGAGCAGGUGUGUGAGCAGGUCUACAGCGAGAUGCAGUCCCAGGCCAUGGAGGCUGCCAUGGACAGUAUGGAUACCAUGGACACCUUGCCCAUGCCGGGAUGCUUCCGGAUGCGAAGCCACAGCUAUGUGAGGGCGAUCGACCAAGGCUGCGCCGGGGAAGAGGAAGGAGAGGGAGGGAGGCCGCUGCUCCUGCUGCCAUCCUCUCCACCACGGACAUCUGCCACCACUGUAAGAACCAUCCAGAGCAGCACAGUUUCAUCUUGUAUCACCACCUAUAAGAAAACCCCUCCGCCAGUGCCGCCCCGAACCUCCACCUGCUCCACAGCCUCCAAGCCGUACAUCUCCAUCACAGCCCAGAGCAGCACAGAGUCCGCUCAGGAUGCAUACAUGGAAGAGGAGGGACCCAGAGGCGACAUGACCAUCCAAUCAGGGCUUAGUAACUCAACAGAAAGCAUUGACAGCAUGAAGGCCUUGACAGCCGCCAUAGAGGCUGCUAAUGCACAGGUCCAUGGACCAGCCAGUCAGCACGUCAGUAACAGCACCAUGACAGUCAGCACCCCCACCCCCUCAGCCCUGUCCAGGAGGGCAGUUGUUGAAGACCACCGUGAUGAAUACAGGAAAGAAGCACUCAGGAAGGGCAAAUGUCUCUCCAUAGGCAUCCAGGUGGAUGGACCAGAGGAGAUUCCGGAUCCAGAGGACCCAUCUAAGUUCACCUCUGUAGGGGUGCAAGUGGAGGAUGACAGAGGGUAUCGUCGGUUCCAGCGCUCCAACAGUGUGACAGCAGCUGUACAGGCAGAUCUGGACAUGCCGGACCUGCUGGACACCCCCCUAGACUCCCCGGACACUGACAUGGAAGUCCUGUCAUCUGGUGCCAUCUCUCGACAAUACUCUCGCGAUGCCGCCACCUCCACCGUCAGCAUCCAGGGCUCAGGGAACCACUAUCACGCCUGUGCCUCUGAUGACUAUGAAGAUGUGGGCUUUGACCCAUCCAUUCUCCCCCCUCCAGACCCCUGGAUAGACAGUGUAACAGAUGACCCACUUGAUGUCAACUUCAACAGCUCUGCUAUUCUAGAGGUGGUGCAGCGGUCGGUGUGUCAGAGAGACGGACGCUGGUUCCUGAAGCUGCUGCAGGCGGAGACCGACCGCUUGGAGGGCUGGUGUCGACAGAUGGAGCUUGACCAGCGGGAGAAUGCCCUGCCUGAAGAGAUCCUCGGGAAGAUGAGGAGUGCUGUGGGAAGUGCUCAACUUCUGAUAUCCCAGAAGUUUCAGCAGUUCAGGGAGCUGUGUGAGGAGAAUCUGAACCCCAACGCCCACCCUCGUCCCGUGGCCUCAGACCUGGCUGGUUUCUGGGACAUGCUUCAGCUGUCGAUCGAGAACAUAAGCCUCAAGUUUGAUGAGCUUCACCAGCUCAGAGCCAACAGUUGGAGGCCCCUGGAUCCCCCCGAGAGAAAGGAGAGGCGGCUCCCACCUCCAGUGCCAAAAAAGCCACCAAAGGGCCCCCACCACCACCCCCCUCUCGCCAGAGACCGCUCACUGGAGAGCUCAGAGAAACAGCGACAGGAGGCCAGGAAGCGCCUGAUGGCCGCCAAGAGGGCCGCAUCCGUACGGCAAAACUCAGCCACGGAGAGUGCUGACAGCAUUGAGAUCUACAUACCUGAGGCGCAGACGAGGCUAUGAGGACAUACACAGGGUUGACAUGCAGUACACACACCCUACACAACACAAACACAAAAAUGUAUGGUUGUCCACACCAAGGUACAGUAUGUGGGUGUAACUGAAUAUGAAUACAUUAUUUGGAUAUGCAUUGCCCAUGCGAGCUGAACAGAUAGAAAUUAGAGAUACAAUUUUUGCAGUAAUAUAAACACACAGACUGUGAGUAUUUCUUAAAAUCUAUAGAUAAGAAAAAGCACGAACCACAAGCACAUUUCAAACUAAAAUACACAAGUUGACCCCCCGCAGACACACUCCGACCAUGCUAUAUGCAUUUGAAUCUCCAAGACCCACAAGAUCCUACAUACUGUACCCUUCAUUGGUUAGCAUCAGUUGACCAUGACCUGUGAGAGCUGUCAAAACCUACACUGGUUCUUAAACCAUGGUACAUGUACCAUUGGUGGUACGCAAGCAGCCUGUAGUGGUAUGCAGAAAAAUCUGCUAAAUAGUCAUGUUUAGGAACGUAGCACAGAGAGAGUUUCCCUUUUCUACCAAAUAAGCUCUGGUUCUUGAACGGUUCCAUUCAGGAUUCAUCAACAGUCAAGAAUAAAUAAUCUUCUUAUUAGAAAGCAACUUGCCUCUUGCAUGAACUCUCUGUAGCUGAAUAGGGUAGGCCGACGCUACUGUAUUGGAGGGCCUGAUAUUUUUUGAGGUGUUACGUGGUGUAAUGAGGUUGGUAAUAACGUACACUAAUGUUUAUAGUGUAGACCCAUGAUUUAGGUACAUGCUGUAUAUCUAAAAUAUUGGAACACUGCCUUGUGAAGUGAAUGGACUUUGUGGUGAGAUUGUUUUGUCACUGACUUCGUUAAUGUUACAGAAAGAUUGUGGUCAUUGGUUAGGGUUAAAGUAGUAGACUUUCGAUUGGUUCUGAAUUGUUUACACACAGUUUUAGGAACAAAGGCUAAAAAAAAAAAGUCCUCAGUCUCUUUUGAGCAAAGCUUUUAGAAACUGUCUUGUGAGUCUAGAGUUAAAGGGGCCAGAGGGUUUAAAACAAGGUGACUGUUAAUCAUCAUCAUCUAACAGCAUCUUAAACCAAGAUGAGGGAGGCAGUGGGAUGCAGCAAAGAGGAGGAUAUGAUGACAGGCGGCUAGAGACACACUUGCUUUUUAACCCAUGUGUCAAUUGUAUGUGCACAACCAAUGGUCCAAACGCAGGUUAUGUGAGUUUCCCAUCAUGCGCAGAAGAACGUGUAGAUAAAAGCAAGUAUAUGUACAGCUAGAAGCACUUCGACUUUAAAGGCUGGACAUCAUCAUCUGAAGCAUACUUAACCCCCGAAUUCCACCGGGCCGUGACACCUUCCGACUGCAAUGAAGCUGAUCGUGCCCGUUCUAGACAAUAUUCAUGAUUCCAUCUGAAGCAUCUCUCUCCAAUGCUAUGUGGAGAAUAUGCAACUGGUCAAUUUUUAUGAUAUAGAGAAUCUGGUUAAUUUUCUAAAUGAAAUACCACAUGCAGGCUCCGGCUCGAAUUUGGCCACUAUAUCAACAUAGUAGAGAAACACACAUUUUUCUAUCCUUUUUAAGGACAAAAUAUUCAAGUAUACAAUGCCAGGUACUCUCUGAAGACACUCCGCAUCUGAAACGCUCUUAGUUGGUGCAGAUCACGGACUUGACAUAAACCGUGUCACAAACAGAACGUCAUAAAGCCCCGGCUGGUUGAAUUUCAUGGGAACUCUUUAGGCUUAAAAGAAACCAAGUGACUUUUGGUAGGAGACGAGAUGCGGUGGUGCCAGUGUUUUUCAGUCUCUCAGGUUUGUCAGAUCAUACAGGACUUGGUUUUACUUUUGCAAGAUGUUGAAAGGUUUCUGUCUGUGGGUCUUGUAAUAUUGCACAAAAAUGUAUAUGUACAACGGUGAUGGAUAAUCUUACACACACACACACACACACACACACACACACACACACACAAAAUUAAUUAACUUUUGUCAUAUGAAAACACUGGUUUACACCCACACACACUGCACACAUCAACACUUACACAUAAUCCUUUCAGGUCUUGUGGCUGUAUGAACACUGCAGGCUGUUGUAAUAUAAAAACAGUGUCCCUCUCUUCCCUCUGGGGAGAGAACGCCAUGAUCACUGUUUACCUUUCAUCUUCCUCUCUGUCUCCAUAUUACAUCAGUUCUUUAUCGAACAUAGGAGCUCCAUGUAAUGAUCGACUGGUAUUUUUUUCCUCUAUGAUGACACCUCUUAAAAAUGGAGACAAUAAUUUAAAAGAAAGAAAUCUGUUAUUUUACUAAAUUUAAUGUUUUUUUUUUUAAUAUAUAUAGUUUUGGACAUCAUUCUUUUUGGUUGUGAUGGUUUUGUUUUUUACUCAACAGUUUCUCAGCUGUGUUAUGGGACUCCACGGGGCACAAACAGGAGCCAUCAGACAGGUUUUAACCAAGUUUUCUAAAACUCUUAAAAAUCAAAAUGGGGAUUUGUUUCAAAACUGUCCAAUGGCUCAUUUGGUUGUCCUGCCUGUAUUUUAGCAAUUCAGCUUUUGAUGACCAAAACUACAAAAAAAAAAGUUACUACAAGGAGAUUUAACUGGUUGUGAAACUUAAUAAUGAUGCUUCUAUAUGAUCUACAUAAACAAAGAGGACCAUCAGAGAGAAGAUUGGCUUUUAUAUAUAGUCAUUCUUAAUGCCUGCCACAGGGUGGGAUUCAAAUUGAAAUCAAUGAAACAAGGCAGUAGAAACACUACUGAUUUUGUCAACAGGGGCCGCCAGAAUCAACACAGAACGAAAGCUCCUUGUAGCUGCUUUGAGUUGUAAAUACACAGAAUUUUAUUAUAAUCCUGCUUGUGUAACAUUGAAAGCCAUCAAGUGAAUUAUAAAGUGCUGAUACUGUCAGAGACAUUAAGGGAAACAAUGCCUAAUAAUAGUGGGAAAUGAACUGAUUUGGGUGUUUGUAUGAUUGCCACCUGUGCAGAGGUCACACAUUCUCUCCCUCUUUGGUUUUAAGUCCUCUCUCCUUGGAUUUCAAGGUGAACUGUCAUUUACAGGGUACAUUUACACUUAAGCAAUACUUGGUGGAGAUUUUAUAGAGGUGCUCAGAGAUUUACUAUGUAACACAAGACCUUAGAAUUAAUAAAACAGGAUGAGACUGAGUUGAAUAUGCAGUGUAGUAUUAAUCUGAUGGCAUAGCUGAAGAAGAUACUCUAGUUGUGCAACUAAAAGUGCAGUUUUUUUCUUCAUUAGGUAAAUAAACAGGUUCUCACUCUUAAGUCUACAGUACUGUAGAUAAAGACGAGUACCGUUACAUUUCAGAACUUUGUCAUCAACUUGGUACUGAAAUAUUAGUUCUUGUGACAUCCCUACUUUUGUAUUACGUCACCUGACUUUAACGGCACAUUAAAACAUUACACCAGACAUUACCUACAGCAUCCUAUUGUAGGGCCACUGACCAGGCUGCCAUAUUUGAAGACUUGGAAGUGAGAAUGGGCGUUAAGACAAGCCUUGCCAAGAUUUAAGGUUGUAGAAAUCUCAUUUAAACUGGUAGUAACACAAACAUGAUCUUAUGGCUGUUUAAAUACAGACAAAUAUCAAAGCUGCAUUUGUCUUUGUGUAGACAGCCAUCAGACAAUUUUGGACACCAGUUGAUAACAAAUCUAGUCCAUUAGUAGUAAACCAAUGGUUGGUUGCUAAACAUUCAAAUUCAAUUCAAAGGUCCCUGAACAAAAUUACCACAGAUUGUCCAAGUUAGACAAUAUAAGUUGAAUAUAGCCUUCAGUAAUAGCUUUUUGUCAACCAAUUCUGUACAGAGAUGAGACCAUUUUUAAUCUACACUGUAUUUUUGACCAAUUUUGAAAUAGCCUGACAUUAUUAUCCGCUAUGUAUUAUAUCACUUUUUCUACAUUGCUGUAAUGGUUUCAGUUUGGUUGAGGGUCUGGUCACAUCAAACAUUCCUUCACAUGCCAUUGUGGUUACAGGCAGUGGUGGAGAUUCAGUUAAUACAACAAGCUAGGUGUCUCUGCAACCUAAAUGCCUACCAUGAACCAUAUAGGGUGCUUUUUAUUAUGCCAACUUUUCCUUCCUACUGUCCUCUUUCCCCCUCGUUCCCCCUCUGCCAUUGUCGGGAAUCUUCCAAUUCCUUAAAUGCACAUCGUAGAGAGACGAGGCUUCUCUCUUUGAAUGAACUUAAUUAAAUGGAAAGUAUUUCCACAUAAUUUUGAUGUUUUCUUACAGCAUUAAGCAAUUAUGUUUGUCCAAAUUAAUUUACUUGAGUUAGUCAACCUAAUUUAGUAAGGCUGAUUCAACUUAUUUACUAGGUUUGCGUCUGACUUUUAAUAAGUACAUUUAAUAGGGUUGGUCUAACUAAUUUUACAGUAACGUUACACUAGUAAAUUAAGUUGAUCCAAACCAACUACAUUUAAUGCUGAAAGAAAGCCAUUUAAUCACAUGGAAAUAUGUUCCAUGAUUUAAUUAGGUAAAUUCAAAGAAUAACUUUUGAGUAUAACUUACAUAUAAAAGUACAACAACAAACAUCGGGUGGGUGUGGAACUCACACAAUGGAUCUAUGGAUAAUAUAAUGGAGCACAGUUGCAUGUUGUUGGUUUUUUUUUUUUUUUUUUCAUAUUUGCUGAACCUUUCACAAUAUCCUGACAGUACAUGAAACAGAUAAUCUGUGAAAAAAUCAGGUUCUUCUUGCUCGCUCUAGUGCUCCUAGUGGCAUUUGCAAAAAUCCACUGGACCUGAACAAAAACAACCAAUCCAAGCUGAGAAAGAUCUAAAGAUGCUUUGGGUUGGAAGAUAGUUGAUUGUUGAGUCUCAUUCCCAGGGCGUCCAAUACAGAUGCUUUGGGACCCUUGAUUGUCUUUCUUGGUAUCUGUCUCAUGUACUACUGCCAGGACAUAGUGGAAGUUUCAGCAAAUAUGACAAAAAGUUAUUUUUAUAAAAAUAACCUACUGCAGCUUUAAAUAAGGGGCUCUGUAUUCAUCCCAUUGGUUAAGACAGGUGAUACAGCUGUAACAUUGCUUAAGACUAUGGAACCAAGGAUUUCUCAUUUGACAGCUUCAGCUCCUGGGAGGAGCUAAGACUCAAGGAAAUGCUUUAGCAUAGUGAAAAGCACCCAUAGCAAGCUAAAAAGAUGGCCUUCGUUUUGGACACUGCAGCAUCCUCCUCAGGUCAGGAAUGUGUCUUUUCUACGGGGUUACAGAGCUGUUUCACAUAUCAAAAUCAUUUACCAAAGAAUAUGUGAAACAGUGAACAAGCUCACUGCUCAUGAUAAUUCCCUUCAGUUGACUUAAACUGAGUGGAACAUACUGUAGUGUGAUCAGGCUCUCAGUUACAAAAGGUGAUAUAAGUCAACUUCUCAGUGUACUGAUGGUUACUGGGUUCUGUGUACUAUUUGACUCUAUACUCUAAAAUGAACUGUAGUCAAGGGAAAUUGUCCUUUUUUCCUACUUACCCUUAGUCCUUUUUUUUCUGUGCAUGUUAUUUGAAAAAACAGGAGCUGCUGCUUUGCUAAAAUGUUAUAAAUAAAGGCACAAUCAGCAGUUCUAUCCAGAGAGGGUAGGCUGACCUUCUCCAGAGAUGAGAGAAGUUUAUAAUUGGAAUUAAGUAGCAGUUGAUGAUGAUGUUUUCAGCAGUGAACUAAGCUAAGUAGGAAGACCAGUUAUCUCUACCAAAUCUGCCCAUGCACUAUUUAAUUGUCUUGUGCAGUAGUCCCCAGAAAUGGCAAUAUGGCUGGAUGACAAAAACACACUGUCAUAUAUUCUUAUUGACUUUUGAAGAAGUGUAUUGAGCCCACCAGAGUUAGAAAAUAUCAUAUUAAGUUUUUUGAUUAGGAAAUCUAACUUUAUAUCUGUGUUAAUGUAUUUUUUACUUAUAAUUGACCUAAUAUGCUUUUAUUUUCUAAGCCUGACAUAUUAUUUUCACAUUGCCAUGUCCGGCUUAGCUAGGUUAACACAGCUUAAUAUCAGAGCAAUCAUUUUGUUGUUAUAAAUCAAACUAAACUGUAAAUUAUACUCUGGAUUCUGCAUCUUUUUUUCUUCAUUUUUUUAUCCAGCCUUAUUGUCAUGUCUGCUACUGUCACUUUAAAGGGGCACUCCAGUGACUUUACUCAUUUUUCACAUCGUUUUGUGUCCUACUCAGCCUGUGGUAUAAUGUGUUUCCAGGAGCUUUUGUCAAAGCUUAGAAAAUAACCGUGAUGAUGUCCCAAUGAUGUCACUGGGGUUAGCUGUAUUCGAAAUCACACGCUAAUAAGAAAUCACUGGAAUAUUGGCAUUUUACUGUUUAUUGAUGGUGAAUUGUUUUUGUUUUUGGUGUUGAGAAGCUCCACAGUUGCAGCAGACAAAUUGAGCAACAUUCCUAUCUUCUGUAUCAUAUCUAUUCUGAUUAGUGAAGCACUGCUCAAGAUAAAAUAAACUACAAGGGAAAGAAAGUUGGCAUUGAGUCGGACACAAAUCUAACUGGCAUGCAUAUUGCGGCAAUCGCCAGUGAUCAGUUCUACACCGGCCUGGCUCAUCUCAAACAAGCCUAUAUACUUCAUUUUGAACAGUCUGCUGGCAUACUGAUUGAGUAUGUAGUAGGGAGUAUGUUAGUGUGCGAUUUCAAACUGUUUAUAACAGAAAGCCUGUGAUACAAACUAGGGAUGUAGAGUUUGAGAGAUAUUCAUGUUUACCAGGCAGUCUAACAAAGAAUUGCCCUUAAGUUGCAUUAUUGGAAAUUUAGGAUUGAGUUUUUUUGGAGCUUGAUCCUCAUUAAGCACUUAAAAGUCAGGAUACCUGGCUUCUGCUGAUUCAAUUUUGACCAUCCUUUCUUAAUAUAUCUCCUGUGAGUUCCUUGCCUUUAUGCUAACCUAAAUUUCUGGAGUACCCCUUCAAUGCAAAAACCCCACAGAACAAACAAAAACAUAAAAAGCACACCAAACUUAUUAUGACGUUUGGACUUAUCACUUUCAAUACGAAGAUGAAUUUGGUCACAGAGGUGAAUACACUCAGUACAGAUGAGAAGCUUUUUGGGUCUUUCUGACAAAAAGUAAUAAAGUGCCAUAAGAAGACAUUCCAAAUCCAUCUGGAUUUCAUAUUCUAUAUUACAGCUCCACAGCUGGGCCAGACCUGGUUUCAACAGUGACAAAGAAAACAAGACAGUUUUCUUAGAGCCACUUCAUGUUGUUUAUCUGUGAUAAGGCCAUUUAUACCACUACUACUACUUAUGCCAACAUUUAUUGUGAUCUCUUAUAUAACUGCCAUUCAUUUCUCCAGACCAACCAUCUGGAACUCAAAAGUAGGAGUCACAGACUAUUCUGUGAUGAUGAUGAUGAUGAUGAUGAUGAUGAUGAUGAUGAUGAUGAUGCUGUGUUGUUGAUGAAAGUAUUCUGUAUUUAUUUUCUUCUUUUGUAAAGAUUAGUUGUGCGUAUGUAUGCGUGGGGAGGGGAUGUAUUUUUGUACAGGAGCUGAUUACCUCUGUGUUUAAAUGAUGAUGACAGUGACAAUGACAGUGAGCCAUAUAUAAUGUGAAAUACCCUUCUUAUCAAGAGGAAAGGGCCAUACAGAUGCUGAAAGUUUAGGUUUUUUUUUUCUUUGAACCAUUUAAUGAAUCAUUCUUCAGUGUUCCAGUAGCAAGCUUACUGUCUGUGUGUUUGGGAGGAACAGUAGAGCAGGAACAACAGGAAUGUGAACCAGAGGAAAGAUGGAAGAUAUGCACAUAGGGAAUUUUUACAGGCUCUGAAAGCUUCUCAAAUGAAAACCUUGAAUAUUCUUCAGACAUGAUGACUCACAUUAGAAAUCAACCCAUGGCUUCCCAGGUGUAGAUGCAACACAGUUGCUGGAGAGUCAUUGAAGCUGUGGUGUCAAAAGUGACGAAUGUGAGACAUAACAGCAAAAAGGUAGAAAACAAUGGAAGAACAGGGAUGCCAAUAUUGAAAAUCUUCAUCAAACUGAAAUUUCAUUUUGUUUGAUCCAUUUGUUUGCAUGUGACAAUAUUUAAAUUGCAAUUAAAACAAAUAAAGUUAUUAUUAUAAAAUUAUAUAUAUACAUAUAUAUGUAUAUAUAUAUAUGAAAUUAAAAAGGAAAAUCAAAAAGGCUAACAUAAAAAUUAAAUAAAAUGUGAAUGGACUUUUCUUUUUUAAAUAGGACAAAACUGUGCCACCAAAACCUGAAAAUGAAAUGCAAACUAGAGCUUUGUUUUAUUCUUGACACAAACAUAAUUUAAUAUAAUUUCUAGUUAAAUGCAAUAUAUGACAGCCACAGGUUUACACUGUACUCCCAAACCAAGAAUUACAUUAAAUACUUGUAAAUAAAAACAAUAUAAAAAGCAUGAAUAAAGGAAAAUAAGAGACUGAUAAUGAACAGAACAAUGCACCAAUCAGCUGACAAUAAUCGUGUUAAAAAAGUAAGAUUCAAUAUGUUUUUCAAUUUCUUGUUGAUCAAUGUGCACUGAAAAUAUUUGUAACAAAUUCCAUGUAAUUACACAUCGCAAUUAACAUAAUGUUCCUAAAAAAUUGAUUUUUUAAUAUAUAAUAAAACCAAAUCUUUAUUUCUUCAGUAGUGUUUUUCUCAGUAUCCGAAUUGUCUUUGCUAUGGUCAUUAGCCAAAAGGACAUAGUUAUUUUUAAAUUUGAAAAAAUCUAUUUUGUAUUCAGUUUUAUUAUCAUAGCACAUGCUUAAAAUGAACAUGAAAACAAAGUUUUUAAAUUUCAUCACACAUUAUGCACACAAAUUGAAAUUGAAAUUUUACACAAUGAUUACAUUUUUUUAAAUUGGCAGUCCUGGACUUCCAUUGAGACACCCUUGGAUGUAAUGCUGCUCAGAAACCAUGUAAUUCCAAGCAAGAGCUGGCUUUGUGCGCUUUUUUUUUCCUCAGGAAGAGAGGGAACAUUUUGUCUAUAAAAUCAGGGUCUCCCAGACAUGGUUGUCUGUUACUCAAACUGUGUGUGUGUGUGCGCGCGUGUGUGUGUGUGUGUGUGUGUGUGACACUUGAGUCUGUGUGAUUACGUUUGUAUGCGUUUCAUAUGUAUAUAUUGCCAUAAUGGAAGAUGCACUGUGGGUAUUUUAGGUCUCUAUAAAGUGCUUCCUGAGUCCCUUGUUUUCUAUGUCAGGCCUUUCCUCAGUACGGUCUAGUAGCCUCAUAGAGUCAUUCUGUAUAUUAACUCUCUACUCAUACCUGCGGCAGAUCUCUUGUGUUUGUACAGAAAAUGGUUGAGGGUGUUUCAUGAUGCAUGCAGACACAAUAUUAGUACUUAUGAAUCUAUAUCUCAGUUGAAAACAUGUAUUUGGUUUAUUUAAGCUCUUAUUUAUAGACUUUUUUUUUACUUUGAGAUUCUGUUGAAGUGGUCUGUCAUGCUCUUUUGAUCUUAUGUUGUAUUGUAAAGAGAUGAUUAUAUGUCCAUAACUAUUGAUGAACCCAUAAUAAAAUUAACUAUCAACUCUU